AUUCCCACCAGAUAAGGCUCUCUCUCCCUUUCCUUUCCCUCCUCCCUCCCCAUCCUCUCUCUCUCUCCUCCUUCCUUCUCUCUCUCUCCUCCUUCCUUCUCCCUCUCUCUCUCUCUCUCUCUCUCUCUCUCUCUCUCUCUCCUCCUUCCUUCUCCCUCCCCAUCCUCUCUCUCUCUCUCUCUCUCUCUCUCUCUCUCUCUCCCUCCUAAACCACAGAGUUCCCCCAAAUCCCUCCUCCUUCCUCCACAUGGUAACAUCACUCUCUCACUCCACCACCCCCACCCUCGUCCACUCUCUCUUCUCCACCCCACCCCUCCUCUCCCUCUCUCCCCUCUCCGGAUUCCGUCCUCACCCCACAAACCUCUCCGUCACUUCCCUCCGAACCAACAACACCACCUCUUUAAAUGCACUCAAUCCGGAUCCAAGAACCUUGUUUCCAGGCGGGUACAAGCGCCCCGAGAUCAAAGUACCCAACCUCGUCCUCCAGCUCACCCCCGACGAGGUCCUGGACGAUAACAGAAUCGGGUUGGACGCGGUCGACGUGGCCGUCUCGGGCCGGGUCGGCAUCGUGGUGCUCGACGGCGGAGUGGGGACCGGGGGGAGGCUCUACGAGGCGGCUUGUUUGUUGAAGUCGGUGAUUAGGGAUAGGGCUUAUUUCAUGGUGUCUGAGAGGGUUGAUAUCGCUGCUGCUGUCAAUGCUAGCGGCGUUGUGCUCUCUGAUCAAGGUCUGCCCGCUAUUGUGGCCAGGAACACCAUGAUUGAUGCUAGAUCUGAAUCAGUAGUUCUUCCUUUGGUAGCUAAAAACGUGCAAACUCCGGUUGCUGCCUUAAAUGCAUCUAAUUCUGAAGGUGCUGAUUUCCUUAUAUAUGGGAGCAAUGGAGGAACACAUGCUGAGGAACCUGGGAGCUCUGUUUGGGAGACUGUGAAAGUUCCAAUAUUUGUCAUGAUUGCUUCAUUUGGAUUUGACCCGAUAUCUGUUGAAGCUAAAAAUUUACUUAAAUCAGGAGCUAGUGGUUUAGUGGUUUCAUUGGGCGAAUUGAAAGUGUUAACUGAUGAAGUCAUGAGCAAAUUGUUUACCACCGUACGUGGCUCGAAAAACAGAGGACAGGGAACAUUUCGAGGCUCUGAUAAGCUCAAAACAUUGAAAGUUGACAAUGGCUUUCCUGGGAGAAAGAAGGUGGCUGGCUUCAUUAAAUUGGAGGAUAGAGAACGUCAGUUGGUAGAAACAGAAAAAAUGGUAUUGCUUGAAGUGAUAAGUGUUAUCCAGGGAGCUGUACCACUGAUGAAGGAGGUCUCACUUCUCAUUGACGCUGUUUCUCAACUUGAUGAGCCGUUUUUACUGGUUAUAGUGGGUGAAUUCAACUCCGGCAAAUCAACCGUCAUCAAUGCCCUACUUGGAGAAAAAUAUUUAAAAGACGGGGUUGUUCCAACAACAAAUGAGAUCACUUUCUUACGUUAUUCUGAGUUGGAAUCUAGUGAGCAACAGCGUUGCGAAAGGCAUCCAGAUGGUCAACUUAUAUGCUACUUACCUGCAUCAAUUCUUAAAGAAAUGAUUAUUGUUGACACUCCUGGGACUAAUGUGAUUCUCCAGCGGCAACAACGCCUGACUGAGGAAUUUGUUCCCCGUGCAGAUUUGCUUCUUUUUGUCAUAUCUGCUGAUCGUCCUUUAACUGAGAGUGAGGUUGCUUUUCUUCGUUAUACUCAGCAGUGGAAGAAAAAAGUCAUGUUUGUUUUGAAUAAAUCCGAUAUCUUUCGGAAUCCUAAUGAGCUUGAGGAAGCUGUUGCUUUUGUCAAGGAGAAUACCCAAAAGUUGCUGAAUACAGAACAUGUGACAUUAUAUCCUGUAUCUGCUCGAUUGGCCCUUGAAGCAAAACUUUCAGCUUCCUACAAGACUCAAAAAGAGAGUGGAAAACUAUCUAUUACUGAACCUCUUUGGAGAACCAGUAGCUUCGAUGAACUUGAAAAGUUCUUGUAUAGCUUUUUAGAUGGGUCAACAAAUACAGGAAUUGAAAGGAUGAAGCUUAAACUGGAGACACCUAUUGGAAUUGCAGAACAACUGCUUUGUGCUUGUCAGAAGAUUGUGAGUGAAAAGUGCCAGCAUGCCAAACAGGAUUUCAUGGCAGUAAAUGAAGUAGUUGAUAGUGUGAAAGAGUAUGCAAUGAAAAUGGAAAGUUCAGGCAUUUCUUGGAAGAGACAGACUUUAUCAUUGAUUGAUAGUGCACAAGCACGCAUUAUCAAGGUUAUAGAGUCAACUCUACAGUUAUCAAAUCUUGAUCGUGUUGCUUCAUAUGCUUUCAAAGAGAAAGCUGCUCCAAUGGCGGCGACCUCAAGUGUUCAAAAUGACAUCAUUGGUCCUGCACUUUCUGAUGCCCAAAAACUGCUUAGGGAGUAUAUGACAUGGUUGCAAUCAACCAAUGCUCGGGAAGGAAAGCUGUAUAUGGAAUCUUUUGAGAAAAGAUGGCCUUCACUUGUUGAUCGACAGAAACUGGUUCAAUUGCAUACCAGGGAUUUUCUAGCGGGAAAUUAUGAACAGAGUGUCAAAGUAAUAGAGAACUUCAGUGCUGCUGCUGCUUCUAAGCUGUUCGAGCAAGAAAUUCGUGAAAUAUUCUUGGGUACUUUUGGCGGAUUAGGAGCAGCUGGUCUAUCUGCGUCACUUCUUACAUCAGUGCUACCAACAACCAUUGAAGAUCUUCUUGCUCUUGGCCUUUGUUCUGUUGGCGGUUUCGUGGCAAUUUCAAAUUUCCCAGCUCGUAGGCAAAGGGCAAUAGAUAAAGUAAAAAGGACUGCGGAUGCCUUGGCACUUGAAAUGGAAGAGGCCAUGCAGAAGGAUCUCUUUGAGGCUACUCAGAAUCUGGAAAACUUUGUAAAACUCAUCGGCAAGCCAUAUCAAGAUUCAGCACAAAGUAGAUUGGACGGACUUUUGAAGAUGCAGGAGAAUUUAACAGAUGUGGAGAAAAAACUUGAAACGUUACAGAUUGAAAUCCAAAAUCUCCACAUAUCCCAAUAGCAUGCGAGAUAAGGAAUUUUGUUCCGGACACCCGUCCUUUUGAGACGGAUGCAGAAGUGAGGUUUGAUGUUGUAAUGGCAUUGUUCUCAUUAUAUUUGAUCAGUGUGUUUAGUACU